GGAGUUCUGGACAGACAGGCCGGGUAGAAGAGGAGUGAGAAAACAGAGGAAGGUCGGUGUAGACGAAACCUCUGCAGCCUUCACUCUCCGACAUGAUGGAGCUCUAUCUCGACCUGAUCUCGCCACCCUGCCGCGCCGUCUUCCUGUUUGCCAAAGCGCUCGGGAUUCCCUUUGAGUUCAAGUAUGUCGACCUGAUUGCAGGGCAGCAGUACAGCAGUGAGUUUGGGGAACUCAACAUCGUGGCGAAGAUUCCUGUCAUGAAGGAUGGAGGCUUCACCCUGUCAGAGAGUACUGCAAUCCUGAAGUACCUUGUGCAGAAAUACUCAGGGUCAGUGGGAGAUCACUGGUUUCCUGCCGGCCUGCAGCAGCGAGCUCGUGCCAAUGAAUACUUGUCCUGGCAGCACGCGAACCUCAGAGGUCACUGUCAAAAGGUCUUCCUGCUCAGGACUCUGUUUCCGGUCAUCAUGGGUUUUGAAGUCCUGGAGGAGACGAUGGAUGCUGCUCUUGAAAAUAUGAAGCAGUCGCUCAACCUGUUGGAGGAGAAAUUCCUCCAGAACAAACGGUUCAUCCUCGGGGACAAAAUCUCUGUGGCAGAUGUGGUGGCUGUGGUGGAGAUCAUGCAGCCUCUUGGAACUGGUGUAGAUGGGUUCGAAGGCCGUCCUAAGCUGGUCGCUUGGAGAGGGCGAGUGAAGGAGGAGCUCGGUGAAGAGCUGUUUGACGACGCUCACAAAGCGCUCAUGCAGUUGAGCGGCUUGCCAGAGAAGCUGAAGAGCAGCAGAGAGUUUGAGAAGGUCAAACUGAGAUUUCAGAGGUUCUUCAACUGAGGAGGUUUAUGUGUACAAACAGACACAAUAAAUCUUGAUUUGACUGCA